GUCAUACCUGAGUCGUGUGGCGCAGAGGGGGUUGCCAGGUGUGAGGAGGUCUUCUGCUGCGAUGUGACAUCUCAAGCAAGGGUGGGAUCUUAAUGACAACAAUUCAGCCACAGUUCUGCGUGGGUCCCGAAGUGGUGUAAACGAGACCCGCAGCCGAGCCGCGUGUUUACAGCACUUUAUUGAGGACAUUCUUCUGAUUUCUCCUGGCUGAGUCAGUGUGUGUGACGGAUUGUGCCAGGAUGAGGACACGUUCCUGUCUGGUUGUGCUCUGUAUGCUGUCUGCAGUCGGAGUUUGCAGCAGUACGUCUGCACCAGGGGUGCCGUAUAUACGUGACUGCAGGUCCCCAGAGAAGGAGACAUUUUCCUGCUGGUGGGAGCCAGGCUACGACGGAGGGCUGCCAACCCAAUACCGCCUCUACUACCAGAAAGAAAAGGAGAGUUUUAAAGAAUGUCCAGACUACGUCUCCGCAGGAGAAAACUCCUGUUACUUCAACAAGAUUCACACCUCCUUCUGGGUCGAGUACACCCUGAGAGUGGAAGCCACAAACGCCUUUGGGAACUCCUCGUCAGUGUUCGAAAUACCUGACGUGAUGACAUACGUGAAGCCCGACCCUCCCGUAAAUGUCACAGUGCUGGUGAACAGCACCGGUCCCACUCCAUAUCUGCAAAUAAAAUGGAGGCCCCCUCCAAACGUCGACACCAAAUCCGGCUGGGCCACCAUAAAGUUUGAGCUGCGGCAUAAGAGAAACGACAGCGACAACUGGGAGACAUUCAACUUAGAUUCACGUGAAUAUUUAAACCUGUACAACAUCGAGCCGGGGGCUCUGUACAUGAUUCAGGUGCGCUGUAUGCUAGACGGCGGGAGCUGGAGCGACUGGACCAAAACCACAUUUGCUAAAAUGCCUGAUAUUGAGAAACCCCUUUGGAUUCUGGUCUUUGCUUUCUGUUUGAUCCCUUUGUUGGCAACGAUAUGCAUCUUGGCACUGAAGAGGGAAAUGCUGAAGCAGUGGGUUCUGCCUCCUGUUCCUGGGCCAAAGAUAAGAGGAGUUGAUGUUCAGCUUCUUAAGAGUGGCCGAACAGAAGACUUUGCGGUUGCUCUCAUCGGCAACGUGAACUUUCCAAUGAAGAUGGUACCGGUGGACCAGGUGGAGGAGUACCUGCUGGUGUCCGACAGCAAAGAAUGGCUUCUGGCCGAUCCAUACACGUCUGAAAAAAAGAAGGACCCCAUGGUUAUUUCCGCUGGCUUACACUUGGAGUCGGAAAUCCAACGCGGGAAGUCGAGCCCGGGCCAGAAUGCCUGGGAUAAGGCUGGGGACAGGAAGGAUGAGGAGGAGCGCUUUGAAAGCAACGUUUCCCAGUCAGAGAGAAACCUGUUAAACAUGGAGCCGAUGGAGAAACCGGGAUAUCCCAGCGUGGAUCAAGCAGCCUUCACGAACGCCACCCAGCCCCUCGCACACUCCAGCUACGUGGAUAUUCAGCAGCCGGAGAACUCCUGGGAGGCCGGUCCCACGCCGACCGACUACAGCAGGGUGAACGAGGUGAACGGCGAGGCCAUCCUCAUCCUCAACAGCAAAAACGUCUCCGACGGGUCAGACGUUCAGCGGCAGGAGGGGAACGGGGAGGUGAGCGCGCCAGACGACUACAGCAGGGUGAAAGAGGUGAACAGCGACGUGGUUUUCCUGCAGAAACAUGAAUCCGUUGACUCCUGCGGUAAGAGAAAGGAAGACCGCUGCACGGGGUGGACCAGUCAGAAACCGGCGAUGCCUCUUGAGCUCGAGCGCAGCAAAGGACCGUGCUCGGAAAUGAUCGGAAACGGAUACGUAGAUUCCGCUCCGGCUUUUACCGUUCAGUUACCUGUGCAGGUGUGACAGUCGGGUCCGUCGUGAUUUACCGUUGAGUCACAGGACAGAUGACGCAACGAGCUCGUGUUGUUGCUUUCAGCAACAAAUGGGACAAUGUUGGACUGGACGGACUUAUUUAUGGGAUGCACCAGCUGCUCCCCAGAGUGGACUUUAUUUAUCAACCAUAACUGAAGAAGAAAUCAAAUUCCUUUGACAGCCCUCCGGCUUUUCAAGUUUUCACUUUUGUGCUGAAAGUGGUUCAGCUCGGCGUCUGUUAAGUGGAUUUUUUUUUUUUUUUUUAGAAAUAUUCUUUCAUUUCUUUUUGUGGAUGACAUUUUUCCGGUAGUGUGACAUUUACCGGUGGAUUGUUACUCAGUUUCCAUUCACAAUUUCAGACUCGUGCAACAACCCUCCUUCCACCCUCAGCUGCUCCUAAAUGUGGUUCUUUGGAUUUGCUGUCUAGUACAACAGCUAUGCAUCAAGCAAAAGCUUUUAACAAAGCGAGGAGAGCCAGUGCAGCCGCACAAAGAUAUGCAAAUGGACUCCUAACGUUCUUUCAAACACUCUUAGUAACCAACAGAAAUGUCAGACUGCAAGAAUACGUGUUAAUCUAAUUUAAUCAAAAACGAAAUCAAGUCAGAGGACGGAUCUUCACCACCGCAAAAAAAAAAAAAAAAAAAAA